AUGCAAUGGGCGAUCCUUCUCCUCUCUCUGGUUACUCUCGAUGUGAAUGCUGCCCCCCAACAAAUCCCUCUCAGUCUCACGAGAAAGUUUUUAAUGGGCGCGUUCGUUGGGUUUCCAACUAACUUGAUGACAGAACCCCGCAAACUUCAUGGACGGUUUCUACAUAUCACCGACAUGCACCCAGACCCUUCAUACCGUCCUAAAACAGCGGAAUCAACGGCGUGCCAUCGAAAGAAAGGUAAAAAGAAGGAAAAUAUUGCAGGGUACUGGGGGCAACCUUUCGCGGAAUGCGAUUCACCACUACGAUUCACCAACUUCACACUCGACUUUCUGGAGAAGAAGUGGGCUUCUGAGAUCGAUUUUGUCAUCUGGACUGGAGACAAUGCGAGACACGACAACGACCGCAAGUUGCCAAGAACGCCUGCCGAAAUUUACGAGUUGAACCGUGGCAUGGCAGCCAAGAUGCAGAAUAUUUUCACCAGCCGCGGCAUUCCGGUGGUGCCAAGUCUUGGUAAUAAUGAUGUCUGGCUCCAUAGCGCAUGUAGGCUCAUUUGCAAUCUGCGGGCUGUCUGCCUAAUCUACUCUCAGAAUAUUAUGAUCCCAGGACCGAAUAGCAUAACCAACGAAUUUGCCUCGAUUUGGAAAGCCUUUAUACCCUUCCCCCAUCUCCAAAUCUUCCAACGUGGUGCAUAUUACGCGGUGGAAGUUAUUCCCGACUCGCUUGCGGUCAUCAGUCUGAACACCAUGUACUUCUACGAUUCGAACAAAGCGGUUGGUGGUUGCUUGUUCAAGGAACGCGAUGACGCAGGCAACCUUCAAUUUGAUUGGCUUGAGGUCCAGCUUAAGGGAUUUCGGGCUCGGGGUAUGCAGGUUUGGUUAUCAGGCCAUGUUCCGCCUUCUCCAGGCAAUUAUUUUCCUGAAUGCUAUGUCCGUUACGUGGAGCUUGCAUUGAGAUUCCAAGACACGAUCUUAGGCCACUUGUACGGACAUAUGAACGUGGAUCAUUUCUUCUUUUUGGAGGCUGGCGACUUGGAUAUCAUCGAGGACUCGCGCACAAACCUGAAAACAGACCUAUUCAAAGUUCUCCUCCAAGAUUUUGCUGCCAUUCCGAAAGAGAAAAAUAUCAUCCUCGACAAUUACGCGGUUGUGUCUGUCGCGCCUUCUGUCGUUCCCAAUCCCUAUGUGCCCGCCUUCCGAGCAUUCGCGUAUAACAUCACAGGAGUAAAGCCGCCACGCUUAACGAAAGACCGCAAACAUGGACAUCAUCGCGGCAGUGGUAACAAGACAGCGCAAUGCCUGCGUGAUGAAUAUAGGGAAACCUGGAAAUGCCAGUUGAACGAAACUUGGCAUUCAAAUCCAGCAGCACCUUCACGCCUUGCUCAGCUCUGGAGCCCAAUCGGCUACGCUCAGUAUUACAUCCCCACUCUCGAAGAAGCCAAUAAAACCAACACCCCUGAAUUUCAACUAGAAUAUCUAACAUUCGAUAGACCCACUCUCAAGGGAAUCGACGGCUGGUACCCGAUCCCACCAAAGAAUUUGCCGGGGAAGGGGAAAGAGCUGAAGAAGCGGCAGACGGCGUAUGGGUUAAAGUCACUAACUAUCGUGUACGCUUGUCUACUUCGUGCUGGUCCUCCCCGUCGUCAACUAUCUUACCAAACUCGAUUAUUUUUCUGUGCUGGCCACGGAGCUCUCCAACACUCGUUCCAAACCAACAUGAUGGCUCUUCAGCAAAACAUGCCCCUCGAUUUCCUCCCUUCCCACUCCCGCUCCAACUCCGUGAGCUCAUCGUCAACCCAUUCAUCCAACUCUCGCCCUCAGUCGUCCAGCGGCCUUCGCAUGCAGCAGGGAAUGGGGCCCACCCCAGAGGAUUUGUACCGAGUGGGUCUGGGAUAUACUGAUCACUCACCACCCAACCACAACGUCUCCAACCCCGCUCUCAAAAACCAUCUCCGCCCCAGUCACAUCCGGGCCCGUGUCGCCGCUUCUCCUUACCCCCGUGACACCGACUCUGUCCACUCCUCUUCAAGCGAGACCGACGAUUUGUCGAUGUAUUUGGCAAACCCUGAAUACCACCAUAUGUACGCUGCUGCUCCACACCAAAUUGCUCCUAAUCAAGAGGCAAUCCACGCGACGGGUGCAUUUGGCCGCAUGACUCUCAGUCCUGACCAUGCCCUGGAGAAGCUCGCUGCUAAUGUUCGCGCCGCCACUACAACCAGCGCAUCUGAUCGGGCGAAACAGAUCUUUGUUCAGGCCUGGCUUACGGCGAAUUACGCGCCUUAUCCGGACGGAAACGUUCCUCGACAGGGUCUAUAUUUCUCCUACCGCCGGGUCUGUGACCAGUAUGGGAUCCCGCAUAUCAACACUGCGACGCUGGGAAAAGCGAUUCGGCUGUGCUUUCCCACUAUCAAGACUCGAAGAUUGGGAGUGAGAGGGAACAGCAAAUACCAUUAUUGCGGUAUUCGACCCGCCACGUCCGCAGAGGCUGAAUGGCUCCAGGACUACAUCCACAAGUCUAACAAUAACGCUGCUCAAAACUCGGUGAAUGCAGCCCGUCAAGCCAAUGGACAAUCAGAGGGAGCAAAUCGGGGCGAAGACCGCUCGGAUGAAGAUGAUGAUGAGGACUCUGAAGGUGUUAAUUCCGCUGUUGGGUCUAAGCGGAACUCGCUCACGCUCGGGGCUGAUGUAAAAGGCGGCCCGAUCUUCUCUCAGGAUCUCAGUGACAAGACUCCAACGGCAGCGACCUUGCUGGCCCAACAAGCAGCUCAACGCCCGCCAAACUCCUUCCCUCAUCAAGCAUCAAUCCGGAGGCAACCCACACAAGAAGGCGCGUUAGGUGGUAUGCAAUCUCAUUCGCCAUCUUCGACCUCUGUCCCGUAUCAAACUCCCACUUCUGUACGGCAGUUCGCCCAUUUCCCUUCCAUUGAUGAGGCUGUUGGCGUCAAUUCGACAUCUCCACAUUCAAUCGCGGCCCGUGAGGUCUGGGGUUGGUUCCAAGACCACCUUGACUCCCUUCUGGAAAGCGUUCGCUCCUUCCGCUUCGACCAAUUCGAAAUGCAUCUGCGCACAUUUUGGUCAAGUCUUGGAGGCAGUCAUCGAGAGGUCGUCCAUGCUCCUGCUAUUGCUGGUUUGAUGGCGAAGGCGGAUGCAAUUGUUUAUGAUGAAAUCCUGGAGAUCUUGCGGUCUCAAAUGCUCACGCCGAUCACGCCAGCUUCGCUCACCAGCUUGCGCCAGUUGGCAAACAAGAUGGAGAAGAUACUCCUCGUGGCGCUUGAGAGUUAUGGGAACACCUUUGUGGAGCCGAAAGUCGAGCUUGGUGCUCGUUUUGGCCAUCUUGUUUUACGUUUCCUCGAUAUUUACCAAGUCACCCAGGCCCUCAACACCGUGCUCACCAACCAGAAACAAUUGGCUGAGAUGCGGCGGUCGUGGCAAAAGGUCGACUUUGAGUCCGUGCGGAACCAGUCUGCAUUAGUUUGCAACUGCCGACACGAAGAUUUGGUUCAGUUGUUGGAGGUCGAGUUUGUAGGUAUGAUGGACAGUCUUUCGAAGAGCACAGAGCCUGUCCGAGAGGUCAUGACUUGGGCAGACAAGUGUUGCGAAAGACUAAUGGGGAGUAGUCGUGCCAGCCACACAGCCACCGAGGAACGCAGCACUAUGAGUUCUCGAAGCGUUCUAAUUCGCUGGGGAUAUGUUACAAGUCAAGUUAUGAGGGACUUGACGAUCCGCAGCGACCCGGCCUUCGGGGCAUUCCAGAUCAUGAAGCUGUUUUUAGACGAUUGGAUCGCCGUUAACGUCCUAAGAAGCGUUGCGUUGUCGACCAACUCGGUUGCUGCUUCUGUCGAGCCCGUCAUGCAGCAACAGUUCUUCUCAUUGUCGCCGAUGCCAGGCCAGGAGAACUUCAAUGGUCUAGAUGUGCGCCCACAAAUGAUGGCACACACGCCAACGACAUCAAGCAUGCUCGCUGCUUUACAGAACGAGCCCUUCCCCGACCCCAGCGCCUCCGCCUUUAAUUCGGAUGCUUAUGGGUCUCUCUCUUAUAUGGAUACUUCCGCCCCUCAAGAUGAUUCGUUGCCUCACCAGUCCUCCCUUUCGUUUGGGGACUUUUCUGGCCAAAGCAACGGCUUUGAUGUUGGCAGCUUCACCCAAGACUUGGGCAUGUCAACCGCCCCGUCAAACAACGAAGGCGAGUCUGUGGGUGGUGACCCUGAGCCCGUGAAGACGGAGCAACAGGGCGCAUAG